GCUACACUGUUCACCUCAGAAGUAUGAAGCUUAAUGAUGUGAAGUAUUAUAUUUAGUCAAUACUUUUUGACUGUUUUAGUUUGCAUUUGUUUCUGCAUGUUUCUGUAUGGUCUUCUAAUGGUUCACAUUACACAAAUACAUCAGACCAGUUGGUCAGACGUGUCUGGUGUCCGCAUACAUUUAUGUAAAUUUGUAAACAGCUUGAGCUGUUAGGUACAAGUGCAUUUUACCAUGGUAACCACAGACAAAGCCAGUAACUACAACACAUGUAAAGCUCUGAAGCUCACUUAAACUGCGCCUGCUGAUUAUAAUCAACAAAACAUACACACCAACCUGCAAUCGAUUUACUUUUAUUAAAAAGAACCACAGAUAUUGCUAAACUCAAUGAGUGCAGGCGGACACCCCAAAGUGUUACAAGGCACCAUGAGGGUUCCAGUAGAGAUGGAGUACGAGUUAGGGGAACAGACAGAGGCGCGCCUGAGGGAAAUGAGUGCCCGCUGUGUAGGAGAAACCAUAGAUGUGGAGUACUAUUAUGAUACGGAGAGCUUCCAGCUGGCAUCUACACAGACAUGGUUGAAUCAGCACAAGGGCCAAUGGGGACUGAUCCUUACUCUCAAUCUAUCAGAGGAGGAGACCAAAUCAUCUGAAGUAAACUUAAUACAGUCUAAGCAGAAGAAAAGCAGCAUGGUUGGCUUAUCACCUGAUGAAAGACCUAAAACAGACACUGGUUGUGCAAAAAGACCAGGUAGUGAUUGUCCUGAAAGUGACGAAAUAUAUUCAGCAGCAGAAAGUAAGAACUUAACAGCCAAAAGCCAAGUUCAGGGUACAUCCUCAGAUGAUAUAUCAGCAGGAUCCAUAUACACAGAGCUGAAUGACCCACGCUCCAUUAUGAUGCACAUCACAAAGUGUCUGCAACUUCCUUUGACGCACUCUGAAAUACAAAAUAUGACUAUGAUGAACUUCUUGAGGAAGGCCAGAAUUCAGAUUUACGACAGCUGGAUGAGGUCCAAAUCAUUGAAGUAUUCUCUGCCUGGUGGCUUCACGUUGUCCGUGGAGAGAAAUUACAAAACUCCCACCGUACCCCCCUCUGUGUUUUUGACAAUGGAUGCAGAUGUGCUCAACAUCAGCAGUGAACUGGAAAGAAUGGAGCAGCUGCACAAAGAGUUGGGCCUUAAACUUAAGGCAAGCUCAGAUACAAGAUCACAGAUGAUUGAUGGAGCCACGAUUUAGUGAUCGGAGCAUAUGUUUUGAUAUGUCAAGCUGUGUUGCUUAUGGAUGUUUUGCUUUUAACUUUGUAAACAUAUUGUGCAGUUUGUAUUCUGUUUCCUAUCAGUGCCUAAAAUUAAUCAACACUGUGCCAAAUUUGUGUAAAAAUCAGCAUUGGCGUGGGGAGUAUAUAAAACGGUGUCAAUCAUCAUUUGGCCGGUGACACUUUUAUGAAUUCUAGGAUUUACAACAUGAAAAUAAACAUUAUAUUUUUACAGCAUUGAUUUUUGUUAAUGCAAGUUGAUACAAAUAUAAUUGUUUUUUAAUAAUAAUAAU